UGAGCAGCGUGCGCGUUCGGUCGCUUCAAAAAAGAGCGCGCUUUCUGCGCGAAAAUAACAAUAAUAAUACCGGGUCGACGAAAAUACCACUAAAAAAAUAACAACAGCUCCAUAGCGAAAAAGUACGAGUAAUACGAAACAGAUAAAAAAAAACAAAACAAAAGGCGGCGAAGAAGGCCAAAAGAAGAAAAAGCCCAAAACUUCUGCUCUGGUUCUCUGCGUACGCGCGUGUGUUUGUGAAUUUCUGUGGCUUACGCGCACAUCUUUCUGUGUGUGUUAUUCUGUGCGUAAUUGUGUGCGUGUGUGCCAAAGCCAAGAAUCAAAGUGCAAAGCGAAAUUGAAUAAUUUCCCCAUCUCCCUAUCUCUCUCACACUCACUGAGUGUUUAACCAAAAUACCCGAAAAAUAAGAAAAUAAUCAAAGGCUGAUAAAGGCUAAAAUAAGUGAGAUAGUAAACAAAGGCUGGCAUUUUCAGGCCAAAACAAAAACAAGCCAAUGUCUUGGCUUACAUAACAAAGCAUCCUUGCGAAUCAAGAAAAAAACAAAGCAAAACAAACCAAAAAUUGAAAAUUGAAAUAAAACAAAACAAAAAAUAGCCAUGCAAUUGCUGGGAAAAGUUUAACAUUACCCUCCAUUUCCGCACUCUCUUUCUCCUCUGCAAUUUCUCCACCUUUUUUUUAUUGUUGAUUGAACGCAGCAGCCGCAGCAGCGAAAUGUCAACCGCCACAAUAACAACAACGGUGCCUGCCGCCCCCUCAAAGUCGGCACCACCCACACCAACAGCCGCAGCAGCAGCAACAACAAACGCACGCACCGCCGACUGCCGCAAAUUCACACCGAACAUUUUCAACAAGAGCAAGUGCAGCCACUGCUUUCGACAGCGGGAGGAGCACUCGGCCGCCGCCUUGGAAUGCAAUAGGCGUUCCACGUCGAAUCUGGCAGAACCAGCUUCGCGAAAGGUCUCCAAAUGCGGAUAUCUAUUUGUGGCGCCAGACUGGGACUUCAGCAAUCCAUUGUACAGAACAAAGCGCUGGCAGAGAAGAUGGUUUGUUCUCUAUGAUGACGGCGAGCUGACGUAUUCGGUUGAUGAUUAUCCCGAAACCAUACCGCAGGCAUGCGUUGACAUGACCAAAGUGUUGGAGGUGACCGGCGCCGUGGAGGUAACAGGUCAUCCCAACUCCAUCGCCAUAACCGCUCCGGAGCGCGUUACCUUUGUGAAGGGCACCAGUUCGGAGGAGUCCCAGUGGUGGCUCAACAUUCUGGCCGCCUUUCCCAAGUCGAAGGGUCGCCAUAAGAGGAGCGCCACCUUGCCCGGAGGUCAAGUGGUGGGCAGUCUUCGCCAGUCUAACAAUGGUGAUCUGACACUCUCCACGAAGUUGGGCAAUCGGCACAGCUCAUAUCACAAGGACACUCUGACGUCAUCGCAAUCUGCUGGUAAUCUGUUGAGCACCCUGGAUCUGGGCCCAAGCUCUACGAAAACAGGUGGUUCUCCAAUGACCACCACCAACCAAACAGCUCUAGCCGACGACGAGGAGGAUGAUGGCGUGGAAACGGGCGAGGAUGUGGAUGAGGAGGACGAAGAAGAUGAAACGGUACCCAGGAAGUCAAAGACUGUCAGUAUGGGUGGCCAGGACGAGAACAAUCGGAAUGCCGGCAAUGAGAUCACAAAUCGGGUUUCCCAACCCACAACUUGCCUGCUGAUCGAGGACAUUCGUCGAGAUGAGAAGACGAUCAAGGACAUUGCCAACACCAUAACGAAUCUGAGUCAGCAGCAGAACAAACGCUGGUCCACGGCGGUUAACAAUGCCCUGAACAACCAGCAUCAUUUCAGCCAUCACAGUCAGUACCAAGUGACAUCCAGAGAUGAAACGGACUUCCAAGUAUCCUCCAAUAGCGGCAACACCAAAACGCCGAACACAACUAGCGAGCGUCCAAAAUCCCUGCCACUGGCAUCCAACUCCACACCAGCGAUAGUGUCAGCCAUAGUCAAAAAGAUACCCACGGUCAUGGAGCAGGGAGACAAAACGAAACCCACUGCCAGGCUGCAAUUGCACCUGAAGUCCCCGAAACAUUACCAGCACGAGAGGGGCGAUCCCGAUGGCGGAUGCAAUUUGGACGAGCUGUGUGUUAACUAUAUGGCCAAAACAGAUGAGCUGAGAUCGGUAGGCAAGGCGAAUAAUAAGACCUCCUCCGGUCAAGGAAAGCCUCCAGUAAAGGCCACAGAGGAGUCCCUGAAUGCCAAGAAGGGUUGGCUAAUGAAGCAGGACAACCGGACGGGCGAGUGGUCCAAGCACUGGUUCACCUUGAGUGGCGCGGCGCUUUUCUACUACAGGGAUCCGUUGUGUGAAGAGCGAGGUGUCCUCGACGGCGUUCUGGAUGUGAAUAGUUUGACCAGCGUUUUGGCGGAGCCUGCAGCCAGCAAGCAGCACGCUUUUCAGCUGACCACGUGGGACAAACAGCGCUUGGUUUUGGCCAGUUUGUCACCUAGUUCAAGGAAUAGCUGGCUGGCGGUCUUACGAAGUGCCGCUGGAUUGCCACAACUGGACACUCCGCCUAAACAGACGGAUAUUGAGCAGGACUUUAUCAAGGCUCAACUGCAGCAACAGCCAUCAUCGAGUCCUGUAACUCCAGGAACACCAGCGGGUCCGCAUUUUUCGUCAGAUGAGGAGUACAGAACAGCAUCGGAGGGCGGACGAAGAGAUAGCUUAGACUGGGGAUCCCCGUUGUCACCUUCUCCACCUGUCCUGAGAAGUUGCCUGCGCAAUCGCAGUUUGGCCAGUUUGCACAAAAGGAGUCGCAGUUCACCACCAAGUUCACGGCGCAGCACCGUGGACAGUGUGGCCAGUGAUGAGUUGCCCUUGUUGGUGGUUCCCGAGGAACUGCAGCCAACCGAGAGCAGGGAACUCAAGCAACAGUGUGAGACCCUGCGAGCAGAAGCCUCUCUGAGAGAAACACGGAUGUCUGAGCUACUGGCCACCCUCCAAAGAACCGAACAGCAAUUGACUGCCCGGCUGCAGGAGCAGCAAACGCAGUUGAAUAGCGAACUGAGCCAGGCCAAGCAGAGUGCCUCCGAACUGAUGCACAAUCUGGGACUGCAGCUAACCGAGAGUCAGUGCCAAAUCAAGCAGUUGGAGGAUCGUCUGGCCCAGGGAAUCGAGGAGAACGAAGGACUCUACAAGCGUUUAAGGGAAUUGCAGGAUCACGGUGGCGGUGGCACACUGAGCAACCUGCAGCGUCACAAAAUCAAACGCAUGGACUCGCUGAGCGAUCUGACCACCAUCAGUGACAUUGAUCCCUACUGCCUGCAACGAGAUUCGCUGGCCGAGGAAUACAAUGAGCUGAGAUCGCGCUUCGAAAAGGCUGUCAACGAAAUCCGAGCCAUGAAGCGGGAAUUGAAGCAGUCUCAAAACCAAUAUGAUGCCUUGGAACUAGCACAAGCUGCUCUGCAACAGAAACUGGAGAGGCGACAACACGAGGAUGGAGCUCAACUGCAACUGAUGGCAGCCCGUAUUCAGGAUCUGACCUUGAAAUACAGCAGCUCAGAGCGUCAGGUGCGGGCUCUUAAGCAGAAGUUGGCGAAGUCCGAGAGGCGGCGUUCGUUGUCUUUAAAGGGAAAGGAGCAACUGGAACUGAAACUAAGCGAGUUGCAAAGGGAAACGGUGGAAAGGAAAGAGGGCACACCACCCGAAUCCUCCAGCAGCGAAUCCAGCAGUCAGUCACCAUUGAAUGCCCAUCUUUUGCAGCGUCUCCACAGCCUGGAGCACGUGCUCUUGGGCAGCAAGGAGCGUCUGGAGCAGAGUCUCACCCAACUGCAGCAAAUACGGGCUGGUCAAAGGACACGUCGUUCUGUUUCACCCAUGAACGAUCGCAAGGAUGGCCUGAGGCAGCUGGAACGAGCUCUGGCCGAGACCUGUGUGAUGGUCAGUGAGCAGAUGGAGUUGACCUGCUUGCAGGAUGCCUGCCACAAGUGUUGCGAUCUACGCCAGCGUGUGGAGAAACUAUCCGCCCUGCAACAGCAAACAGAAACUGAUUUGCAAAGGAGUGAGCAGCUCUUGGAGCAGCGGGAAAGUGAUCUAGCCCAGGCAUUGGAGAAGUGCGCCAGCCAAGAACAGGAGCAGGAACUACUCCUGCAGCAGCGCCAGGAACUGAGCGAGGAACUGGGAAGGCAACAGGAGCGUUGUCGUCGGCUGGAAAAGCGUCUGGAGCUCCUCGAGCGGGAACAUGGCAAGCAACUGGAGUGCUUGAGGGAGGUCUACCACACCGAACACGCCAAUGCAGCCGAUGAGCAGAGCUUCCGAAAGCGCUAUCAAACCGAGAUUGAGCAGCUGAGGACUCUCUGCGAAAAGGGACUGAGUGCCAUGGAGACUUCGCACAGACGGCUUACUUGCGACCUGGAGCAAAAACACAAGAUGGAGAUUGAGCGCCUGCUUGCCGAGAAGGAAACCGCGUUGGCCGAGGAGACUCAGGCCACCUUGGCUGCUCUGGAUGCUAUGAGAAAGGCACACCAGAGUGAGGUUCAGCGGGAAGUCGCAAGAUUCAAGCAGGAGUUCCUGCGCCAGGUCCAAAGGGGUGAACAAAUGCGGGGUGAUGGAGCCAAACUUAAGGAGGAGGAUCUCGGAGAGCUUCGAAUGGAAAUUCUUUCCUUUUCUGAAAAGUACUCCAUCAAGUGCGUGGAAAACGCAGCUCUGGAGGAGAAACUGCAUAUGGCGAACAGCAAGCUGAGGCAUUUUCAGCAGAUGCAGCAAUUGGAGCUAAGAAACAAGCAAUUUCGAGCCCACUUGGCCUCCGAUGAUCCAUCAAACGAUGUUCACUUCGUGCAGGGCCUGACCACCGACGCUCGAGAAGGUACCGAUUGUGAAGAUAGCGAGCCUGCACCACAAAUAGAGGGUGCAACAGCAACAAGAACUACUGCCACAACCACAACCACAACAACCACAGCAACCACAUCAGCGGCCUCGAGCGAAACUGAGUCCAAUCCCGAUUCCGAUACAGAAACCGCCGAUUCAUCGCGAGCGCCACCCGAGAAAAUGGAGCAAAGUCUAUUCGUGAUACCCUCCCAUAUGCUAAACUGUUCCCCCGUGUCUGCCGCAAACGCUUCUGAUCAGAGUGAGAGAUCCCUACUCUAUCGAGAUCUCGAUGGGCCCGAGGAUGGUUACGAGCCAUGCUACAGGCCCUUCGAUAUAUUCGCCAUCUAUCAGAAUCGUUUGAGCUUCCAAGGUCUGAAGGGCAGCUCCACGUUUGGCAAGAGUUUGAGAAAAUCCGCUGCACAAACAUCACCAGCAUCAUCAGAUCUAACAACAACAACAACAACAGCAGCAACAGCAUUAACAACCAAUCCAAAUAAGCCCAGUCACAAGCAAAUGUUUAAAACGGCUGCCGUCAUUAACAUUCAGCAACAGGAACUCCAGGAAGAAAAAGCACAAUGAACAAAUCGAAAAUGAAAUGCAAUAACCAAGAGCAAGCAAACAACAAACCGAACCAGUGGAACAACCAAAGAAUAAUUAGUGCUAAUAAUAACUAAAUAAUUAUAAUUAUUUAAAAUAUAUUAAUAAAAACCAAGCAACCAAAUGCAAGACAAAAAUCGAACGGCACAACAUCCAUGAUGUAUGUACAUAAAACGAAUAACAUUUCUCUAACAGAGCGCAAAACUGGUUGAAGAUCAUAAUGAUGAUGACGAUGACGAUUAUGAUGAUGAUGUUGGUGAUGUAGCAGACGAGUAAAACAUAAAAAUCUAUCAGGAGCUUCAGAUUUCAAACGGAGUUAAGCUAACAACGACUGUUCACCCCCCUCCAAUGUAAAAUGUGGAAGGGACGUCGAGCAAUGGAAACUAACCCCCAAACAAAAAUAACAACAGCAGCCACUGCGUCAUCAACAGCUACAAAAACAACAACAAUUUUGGGCCAAAUUUAUGUAUUUAUCAUCUAUUCUAUCAUUGUAUCUGUAUGUUAUUCUACUGUACGUUUAUCCAAUUCUCUAUGUCCACAAAAUGUGUCAUUUAUUUAUGUUUAUGUAGUUCAUAGGUCAGCUUUGAAGCGAGCGACAGGCAAUUAUGCUUAUUUGCUUCCCUUUUUUUCGUUUGUAUUAAAUAUAUCGAAAUUGUUUUUCAGCUUACAUACAUGUAAAUGCAUUAUACAUAAAGAAAAUACAAACAAUAAAUCAUCUAAUUUUA